AUGCCUCAAGGGUACAGCAGUCCCACAUUUCACCCACCCCCUGUUGAUGGGACGCUAUGCAUUCCCGAGCUUUUCGAGUAUCACGCAGAGCAUAGUCCAGAGCAUCCGCUUUUCAUCUAUGCCGACGAGGACUCUUCAACCAUCAGUGGAGACGAUUGCGGUUCUGGUACUAGAACAAUCAAGUAUCCCGAGGCGUGGCGUAAAAUCCAACGAGCGGCGAAGAUCGUGAACGGGCAUUAUAUGAGGUUCGAGGAUAGGUAUGCACGUCAGGACAGGGAGUCCGGGAUCGUUGCUAUGAAGCAGAAAGUUCCGCCGACGAUUGGAAUCCUGGCGAAUGCAGACUCGAUCAGCUUCUUCAGCACCAUAGUCGCUAUAAUGCGUCUCAAUCUCACUCCCUUUCCGCUUUCCGUUCGUAACUCACCUGUCGCUGUGGCCCAUCUCAUCAAGAAGGCGCAGCUGCUUCAGGUCUUUGUCUCUCCGGAUCCGGCUAUGCAGAGGUUGAUCGCCGAGGCGAGGGAUAUACUGAGGGACAAUGACGGGAUUGAAGUCGAGGUGCUGGCAAUGAUUCAGUUCAAGGAUAUUGAGGAUAAUGACAAGGCCGUGGAGGUCCAAAAUGGCGAUGCGUCGGCGCGGGCAACACGGGCAAAGGAAGCGGAGGACAUUGAGUUUCCGAAGGUGGACUUGGACACUACUGCGGUUAUACUUCAUUCUUCUGGCACAACGUCGUUUCCCAAACCCAUUUAUCUUACCCACAGAAUGUUCCUACAGUGGUGUAUGGUCAUAUGCUAUGGCGAAGUCGAUAUGUGUGGUACUAUAGUUGCGGCGCAUACUUGCCCGCUAUACCACGGCAUGGGCAUGUUCAUCAUGAUGUGGACUUGCAUCCCUGGCAUGAUCAUGGCGGUAUUCAAGCCUGCGUCGCCGCCCGUCAUAUCAACACCCGAGACUUAUCUCCAGGGAAUCAUCCAGACAAAGAGCGAGGUGGUGUUUUGUGUUCCUUCUGUCAUCGAGACUUGGUCCCACGACCUUUCAAUUUUCGACUCUAUGAAGUCUGUGCACUCGAUUACAUUCGGAGGCGCUCCAAUGACCAAGUCUGUGGGAGAUACACUGACAGCACGAGGUCUUACUCUGAUCCCCUUCUUUGGGUCGACCGAAGUAGGUUGUCUGAACCUAAGCUUCCCCUCUGGACGCCCGACUCUCGAUACCUGGGAAUGGUUCGAAUUCUCACCGAAUGCCGAGUUUGAGCUCUUAUCGCAGAAUGAAGGCGUGGAUGGGAACGAUAUCUUCGAGCUCUGUAUCGUCGAUGUGCCUCAUAAAGGCAUAGCUAUGGCGAAUGCCACGUCGAAGGAUGGGCGACCGAUGUACAGAACCUCCGACCUUAUACAGAGGCAUCCGAGAUAUCCAAAGAAAUGGAGAGUCUAUGGCCGAGUGGACGAUCAGAUCAUGUUGUCCACUGGUGAGAAGACUAAUCCCGGACCUCUCGAGGCGAUUCUGCUGCAAGAUCCUCAUGUAGCGUGUGCCAUCAUGUUCGGACGAGGUCAAACACAGAACGGAGUCUUGGUUGAUCCAGCACCAGAAUACGCGUUUGACCCAGAGGAUGAAGAGAAACUUGUAGAGUUUCGCAACAAGAUAUGGCCAACUGUUGAGAGAAUGAACAAUUUCGCGCCGGCUCAUUCCAGACUCUUCAAGGAGAUGAUCAUUGUAUCGAAGCCUGCGAAGCCCUUCGAAUUCAACUCAAAGGGUGGACCAAGGCGCCACGCUAUUAUCACCAAAUACGAGCCCGAAAUCCAGGCUCUGUAUGCUGCUGUCCAAGAAUCAUCGCAAGCGGACGUUGCUGCUCCUGGCGAAUGGACCGAAGAAUCCGUGGUGCAAUUUGUGAGGCGAGUAGUAACGAAGGUCAUGGACUUGGAACUUGAAGGCGAUAUGGACUUGUUCCAGCAAGGGUGUGAUAGCUUACAGGCGACCUACAUCCGCAAUGCGAUCAUUCACGCCCUUCGAGAGCCUUUGGCUUCAUCUGGCUCUCGCCUUCGGCUCCCGAACAGCUUCGUCUACAACAACCCUACCAUCUCUGCCCUCACCUCAUACAUCCUCUCACUAUUUUCCUCCGAUGAACAGAGCGUGGAAAACAAACGUGAACGUAUCGCCAAGUCUAUGCAAGCCAUGGUCAGUAAAUACAGCGGCGACUUCCCAGUUCACAGUCCUCGUGACGCCCGCUCAGUAAAGACGCUAGAUGAAGUUGUCCUCGUAUCUGGGACUUCGGGAAGAUUGGGAGCUCAUCUCUUGGCUCAGUUGCUUGUGAAGCCGUCAGUGACCAGGGUAUACGCCCUAAAUCGACCAUCCAAGCAGAACAUUUUGGAGAGACAGCUGAAGGCCUUCGAGAAUUGGGAACUUGAUGAACGAUUGCUGGCCGGAGGGAAGGUAGUUCUACUAGAGGUGGAUUUUACUAAGGCUGAUUUUGGUGUCGGAGAAACUGUGUACAACGAGAUGCGCGACUCAGUCACUAGUAUCAUUCACAACGCGUGGCGUGUGGAUUUCAACGUUGCUUUGUCCUCCUUCGAACCUCUCGUAGUCGGCAUGCGGAACUUGAUCGACCUUUCGUUGAGCUCACCCCACCCAUCGCCUCCUCCCAUCUUGUUUACGAGCUCCAUAUCAACUAUCAUGACCUCGCCCAUUGCACCGGUGCCGGAAACGCCAGUCACUAAUCCGCUGAUCGCCAGCCUCUCCGGUUAUAGCCAAAGUAAAUGGGUCGCAGAAACCUUACUUCUACAGGCGAGGAAAAAGCGAGCCCUGUGCGUGAAUGUGGUACGGGUCGGGCAACUGGCUGGCGACAGCAAGGUUGGAGGAUGGAACGAGAAGGAGUGGUUACCUGCGUUAUUGAGAGGCUCGCAGGUGUUGGGCGCUGUUCCUGAACGUACUGAGCAAAUAUCGUGGAUUCCCGUAGAUGUCGCUGCGUCUGCCUUGAUAGACAUGGUCGGCAGCCCUGAGCCCGUCAUGCAUCUCGUCCACCCCUACCCCGUGUCUUGGACCGUUGUCUCCUCCACAGCUUCCAGCGUCCUCGGUGUCCCCAUCGUGCCGUACAGCGAGUGGCUCUCCAGAUUGCAGGAUGCCGCACAAGACGCCGAAGCUGAUACCCAGAAGGCAAACCCCGCGUUGAAGUUGUUUGAUUUCUUCGAGAAGGACAUGGAGUCGGCGACUGAGCUCGCCAUUGCGACGAAUAAGGCGGUAAAGGUUUCGAGUAGUCUGAUGAAUGCGAAGAAGCUAGAAAGCGUGGAUGUUGGGAAGUGGUUGAGCUAUUGGCAGAAGAUCGGGUUCUUGAGGGGUUGA